AUGUGUGUUGCCCGGGUUCGAGCGAAUUCCGGAUUUUUCCCGACAACACUAAUGCCAAAGCCAAAAGAUAUGGUUGAAUUUCUGCUUCUUGCGCCAACCAGAGCGUCGAAAAGCACUUCGACGGUAUUCAGUGAAAGCCCAUGGACGAUUCGACAAUCAGUCAUUUGUGUGGCAUCUGAUGCCCGUGAGUUUGAAUUCGGAACCAGUUUCACACUUUCGUAUCUGUUUCUGGGUAAGUUUAUUGGGGAAAUAGUAAAAUCAACAUCUAUUAAAGAACACGUAUGCCCUGCCGGUUCCUAUUUCCUCCUAAAGUGGCUACUGCUGUUAUUGCUAAUCAGAAAUCGUCACCGCGUCCCUGGGAAUUGUCAACCAAACAAGGUGGAGAAAUUUCCUCACAAUAUGACCAGUAUCACUUCACGCAUUUCCUCCUGUCCACCCACACUGCUUUUAAUUGGACCAGUAAGUUGCCCGAUAGCUGGUCGAUUGCUGCGAGCAGCCGGUCAUUAUGCACAUCCGUAUUGGGAACAUAGAAGCGGACGUAAAUUACUUCCCACUGCCUUGGAGCUAGAUGCCUCCGGAGCAAGGCGGCCAACAAACAAACGACGUUCGCAAGCUGGUCAAGGAAUGACAAGCGGAACAAAAGGAACGAAAUGCGGUCAAGUGUGGUCUCCAAGGGACCCAGCCUCGAUGGCGCACUGUAAGUCUGAACAUUGA